AUCGUAUGCUAUCACAACCAAAACGGAGCAGGACGAGAACAAGGACAAGAACAUAAGAUGACAUCAAUGACGGUACCCGUGGUGCUGGCACCCGCGAACUUGACGAAGUCCUUGAAGAUCAUCCUCGACAACACUGGACACCGUGACAAGACCCGGCUUAUAGCCCGCUAUAACCGCGUUCUGUCCACACAGACGGGGUCUGAUCCUCAGGGCAAGGCUACAUUGGACCAGGACGGAUACGACCUGUCUUCAUAUAUGGCCAUGGCACUUUUACCCAUCGAUAUUCAUCUGCAACUUCAGAGCAAUGGCGAUACACAACGGAUAUCACUGUGGCAGAUACUCCAGGACCCAGCAUCAUCACCACUGUCGUCCCUUGAAUGGCCAGCACCAAUAUCCGAUCCAACAAUUCAAAAGUCCAUCUUCCUCACCUGGAUGCAGUCUUCCGCCUUCACAAUGCCCAAGCAUCUUCUCACCCAAACACCUCUCGAAAAUCUACAGCAUAACAUCGCCACCUUUCUCCUCCCGUUCCUCAGAUCUUGGGCUUCUUCCUCUAACAGCGACGCCGGCGACCAAGAUCAAGAUCUCCUCUCACCGGACACCUUGCCUCAAUUGAUCGCCUCCAUCCCCCAGAAAUGGGAGCACUACUCGGAUUUCACACUACUCCCAUCAAACGCCUUCCUUAUAGCACCUUGGCCUACGGUCCUAAAGUGCCUUGUAUUACUGGAUCGAGCACAAGGCUAUAAGAACAAUUUCAUGCAACAAUGGGACCAACUGAUCCAAGAGGCUCUACACUCAACUCAUAUCGCCCGCAAGGCUGCCAUUCCCGUCCAAGAUAUCCUCCGCCGACCUAAGAUCCGACCGCUCACAGGCGACUGGGGCUUACAUAACCGUUACAAAUCCUGGAUCGAGCACGACCUCACACUUUUGGAGCACCAGCACAUCCCCACCACUGAAUCCGCUAACGGCCAUGAUGACACCAUCCUCACCCACGAGCAAGAUACCACCUCCCUCACUCGAUCCAAUAUCUCUCAAACCUACUGGUCAGGAACCUGUCAAAAUCAUGUCCACUACCGCUGGUCUCCGAUGUUCACCAUGUUCUCUGCCGGCAAUAUCACUGAAAAGGAACGCAUCGCCAACUCAAAGUCAAUCUUUGACGCCCGGGACAAGGUCGUCGUCGACCUCUACGCUGGGAUAGGAUAUUUCUCCCUCGUCUACCUCGUCCAUGCAGGUGCGAAAAUCGUCCACGCAUGUGAAUGGAACCCCUGGAGCGUCGAAGGUCUCUUACAGGGUGCGGACAGAAACCACAUCUCUUGGAAGGCCUAUCAAGGACCCGCUGUCGCUCGAUCCUUGUACAGCAGCAGCAGCACACCUCAGGAGUUAGAGCAACAGCCGCCGUUCAGAGAGAAAGAUCACCCACAGCCGACUCCCGGCAAGAAGCCAAAGAACUUUGGUAAAUUAAUCGUCUACCCAGGAGACAACGCCCAAUGGAUCACAUUCUUUGAAAACCAAGCCCAUCACGUCAACCUCGGCUUGAUCCCUUCCGCAGAACCAGGUUGGGUUCUGGGUGUAAGAGCCCUAUGCUCAAAUGAGGGCGGCUACUUGCAUAUUCACCAUAACAUCCGCGUCGGCGAGGAAGAAACUUUCAAGACCUAUCUCCUCCAAUCUUUACGGGAACUGUUUGCGCAAUGGAAGCGGUGCGAGCCUUGGUCAUCCUCUUCUCCAUCAUCGCCAGGUACCAAUGCUGACUGUUACAGACCAUGGUCGAUCGAUAUUAGGCACAUGGAAAACGUCAAAAGUUUUGCUCCCUUGGUCUUCCAUUACGUCCUCGAUAUCGAGUGCCGACCACCUUCCCAUGGCGUUACGGAUGCAUCGUGUAUUAGCGCUUGAUAUUGUUGCUUUAUUCCAAGUGAAUGUAAUAUAUAAUAUACAGGUGUCGAGACGAUGAGGAAGGAAAAUAAA